UGGCUAACCUCAGACCCUCAGCCCACUGCGUGACAGAGGACCACAAAUCCAACCCUCCUCGCCGGCCCGCUUCCAACGCCCGGGCUCUGUUUGGUGGGCCCCCUCUCAUCUCCAGCCCUGGUCGGUGGAGAUCAACUGCAGCGAGGGUUUCACACCUCUCUGGCUUCCCUGUCAUGGCAUCCAACAGCAUCUUUGACUCCUUCUCCAACUACAGCAGCAGUCUACUCAGAGAGCCGCCCACCACCAGACGGUUCACGCCGCCCUCCACGUCCUUCCCCUGCAGUAAGAUUGGAGACGGCAACGGGGCCAUGGCCACCCCGGGGCCCCUCAGGUCAAGACCGGACACCAGGAACGUGGUAGACGUCCUGGCGGACCACGCCGGCGAGCUGGUGCGGACCGACAGUCCCAACUUCCUCUGCUCAGUCCUCCCGUCUCACUGGAGGUGCAACAAGACGCUCCCCGUGGCUUUCAAGGUGGUGGCUCUCGGUGACGUCCCCGACGGGACUCUGGUCACCGUGAUGGCCGGCAACGACGAGAACUAUUCGGCCGAGUUGAGGAACGCUUCCGCCGUGAUGAAGAACCAGGUGGCCCGUUUCAACGACCUGCGCUUCGUAGGCAGGAGCGGACGAGGAAAGAGCUUCACUCUGACCAUCACUGUGUUCACCGGACCGCCACAAGUGGCCACCUACCACCGCGCCAUCAAAGUCACUGUAGAUGGGCCCCGGGAACCACGCAGGCACAGAGUGAAGAUAGAAGACCCUCAGAAGAUGCAGUUCUCGGACAGGCUGUCAGAGAUCGAGCGCUACCAGCGGACUAUGCGGAUAGGCCCAGUGAACAAUAAUCCCCGCCCCAUCCACCAAACCCACCUCAGCACCACACAAGCAGCCCUGUGGCAGGAGCAAAUGGAAACCCCCGCUUUGAAGACAUGCAAGGUGGAGGAAGACCUAAGACCAUGGCCAGGGACUACAGAUCUCUUCCAACAGAGGACCACCUUCCCGUCUCUGUCGCCGCUGACUGACCCUCGCUUCUCGGACCCCCGCAUGCACUACCCCGGGGCCUUCCCUUACUCCGCCAACACUUCCAGCACUGGCAUCAGCGGCCUCAGCAUGUCAGCCUCUUCUAGAUACCACACCUACCUGCCGCCACCCUACUCAAACAACCAGACCCAGAACUUCCAGUCCAACUCCUACCUGUAUUACGGCACAGGCUCUGGAUCCUACCAGUUCUCCAUGGUGGCACCGGGGAACACUGGGGGCGAGCGCUCCCCCACCCGCCUGCUGUCCUGCUCGGGGGCCGCGGGCACCGGAGGGACCAACAGCCUGAUGAACCCGGGCCUGAACACCCAGAGCGAGGGCGUGGAGGCUGACGGCAGCCACAGCAACUCCCCCACGGCCAUGAGUGCCUCGGGCCGUUUGGAUGAGUCCGUCUGGAGGCCUUACUGACUGACAGACAGCUAGACAAUCAGAGGGUGCGAGAGAAGUGAGGGGGCGGGGGGGGACAGGGAGGGAGUGAAGAGGAUGAUGAACAAAAAAGCUGAACACUGAAACAAAAGGAAAAAAACAAACAAAAAAAAGAGAAAUGCUGCAUGUUUGUCUUUUAUUUCCCCAGCACUCGCUUAAAAGACUUUCAGCGUUUUACCAACUCUCUGAAGACUUCCAUGUAUUUUGUACAUUUUGAGUGAACUCCUGCACUGUGCUAAGACAUGUACUCUUAAAGAACUAGCCUAUAAAAGCCAUAUAAGUUGAUGAGAUGAUGUUGAGCUGAAACUGUAAAUAGAAGCGAGGGCAAAACCAGAGAAGCCAUAGUAACGUUUCAGGAUCAUUUGUGUGGUGUAAACAGGUACUCGUCAAUGACAAAAGAACAAAAGAUCAAUCAGUGCAGCUGAUGAACUGACAAACCACAGAAGACAUUCGACAAACAGACUCUUCAGACUGAUCCCACUCACUUGGUAGGCGGAGAAGAGCAGCCAGACUGAAUGUUUGCUCCGCGAGUGACUCGGACAUCCUUCCAAGGCUUGGCUGCACUGCUGUAGCAAUCGGUCUUUUUAAGCUUUAAUUUUCUUUUAAGUUUUAAUUAUUGCAAAAACAUUGUGUCAGUUGUGAAAACAUCCUCAUUUGCAUCCAGGGCUGUUUCAUGUGCUCACAGUACAUAUGCAGUACCUUAUUGCCUAAUUUAUUAUCCGAAUGGACAUGUUAGCCCUUGGUGCUACAGUAUGCGGUGGAUGUUUUUAACACAAUUGCUGCAUCUUUGAGCGAAAAGCAUUUUAUCUCCUCUGCUGUGUCAUCGGUGUAUCAACUUUCAACAGGACAAUGGCUGAUAUUUUGAAGAAUGUACUAAAGACUAAAGCAGAGGGGUGUUCAAUAGUUUCUUUUUCUCCAGGAAUAUUCAGAUCCUGUUGUGUCUACUCCUUUUUUCCUUAAAUUUCUUAUUCAAGCCCUUUUCUGAAAACAAAUGUCCUACUCUGGUAUUUUUAAACUGGAUGACAUGGUUUACUUUUGAUAUUUAUUUGAGCCAAAUUUUGAGGAAAUGUACACAUAUACCCAAAAAUCCAUAAGCAUUUCUCUCUUCCUUUCCUUUUUUAUAUAUAUACAGUAUAUAUACCAUGUUUUGUCGUUAAGUAUAAAUUUGGAAUUUGUGUAAUAUAUUGCUACUAAAUUAUAAAAAAACAAAACCUUUAAUGUAAUUAUUUUGUCUUCCAAUGUAGCUUUGAUGCACUAAAAACUUUUAUUACUUAUGAACCACGCCCAACAGAUUCUGUUAGUGAGAUGGUGUAUCUAGAGCCGCAACCUUUUAAACAAUUUCCAAAUUGCCUUCCUGCGUUAAAUAAGCCAUUCGCUUAAUUUUUGCACUAUGUUUGAACUUUCAUUUCUCCUUUUCAGUUAUGUAUUUACAAAUAUCUGAAAGUCUGUAGACCUAAAUAUUACAUAUUCCUGCACAUGUAUUUGCUGAGCACACAUCAAGUGUCCUUGUCCUUAAAAAGUCACACACACACACACACACACACACACACACACAAACAAAAACGAUUCAUCUUGUAAUUAAUAAUAUCAUGAUUAGACACACACACACAUUCCUGCACCACAGGUGUGUGUGCACAUUCCCCCCAUCCCGAGGGCCUUUGCCCUACAUUUACACAUCCCUCUAUCCCUGGAGGAGGAAGAGAGUGAGGAUGAAGGGAUAGAAGGAGGAGGUGGGGUCAGAGUGGUAUCUUCUUACCAACACCAAGGGCAAUUACGCAAAAGAAACCAAAAAAAAAAAAAAAAAAAACCUUCCCUUGUUGUGCACAGGUCCCUUUGUUCUGUUUAAUCAGUAAGUGCUUUGAAGCCUUUAUGGUCCCUGAUUCUGUCUUUUCUGGUCUGAGUUACUGAUCAGCAUGUUGGUAUGAGCCACACUAAGGCAUUUACGGCAUGUGUCAGGUGUCUAAUAUCUACCAGGAAAGUCUUCCACAACAAGGAAGAUGAUUAGCAUUCAUGACUCUGAAAGAUGGCUGUUUUAGUUGCUACACAAGUGAGAUUUCAUUUAAAAGUGAAUAGUGAUCCAAAAAAAACAAACAAAAAAAAAAACAGCUAGCAUUUGCAGCUCAGGUACAAAAAUAAGUUAUGCAAGGUGUUUUAUAGAUGUCACAUACACAACCUCUGCCUUAUUCCUCUUUUUUAAUAAUGAGUAACAAUGUCUCAUUCCUGUCUCCCUUCGAUUUUUAGAGGAAAGGCUUGUUCCAUGCUCUCUCCUCUGGAGCCUUCAUACGGUUGAAGACCUUACUUUAUUAUGGGCAAAAAUCAUGCAGCUAGAGAAAUCACAUUUUUACAUAUACAUAUGUGGUUCCUUCACAAAAACCAAAGAUCUUCACAACUGCCUGUAAUACUGUUAGAAUGUUAAUGAUGGGAAAUAUGUGCUGUAAACAUUUGAUGUCUUGAUUGAUCUCUAAUAUCAAUCUUAAUGCAAAACUAGGAAGCCAAAAUGUACGUAAUUUGAUUUGUAUUUUAUUGUUUGUCGGAGUAAAGAGCACAAUGAUACUUUUCUUUUUAAAAGAAUCCCCUUUUCCUUUUCAUAUAACGAAAUGUUAAUUCAUCUUGCUCUCUUCAUUUCUCUUUAUGCUCAAAGCAUGUACAUCUGAAACUGAUAUGUUAAUUUAAAGAUCUCAUCUCUGUAUGUAAUAUUAUCGUUAAUGCUUCCAUACUGAGUGCUUGUAAAGUUUGCGGAUAAUGUAGUUUUUAAUCAUUUUAAUUAAAAAACAUGUGUUUCA